AUGGUAACCACCCAGCGCCAGGCAGAACAGUUCGGCGUGGCACCAGAUCCCCGCAAAGAAGAGUUGGCCAAGCAGGCCAGAGAGGCCCAAGAGAAGGCCACGGAACUGCUGAAGGAGCUGGCAGCGAAGGUGAAGGAUGCCCAAACGGCCGUUGAGGCGCUCAUCGCCGCAGCGGAGCCCCUGAAGCCAGAGGCCGAGCUCAAGUUGGAGGUAGUCAACAAGAUGGCCGCCUCGGUGCAGGGCAAGGUGGAGAAGGCCGAGGAGGCAAUCAAAGAAUGUCAAGACUUUGUCAAAGAGCACUCUGCCGCAAUGCGGCUCUCGGCGGUGAAACGGCGGCCCCAGCCCUGCUUGGAGGCCCAGAGCGAUGAGCCAGAGCCGCCUGGAGUCAACUUUCGAAAGAGAAUGAAUCGUAAUGCUUUGACUGUUUUCGUUAAUGGUCCAACUCUGAGUCCGCAGACUGAGGAGAUGUGA